AGAGAGAGAGAGAGAGCGGAACGGGCCGGACAGCUGGAGUUCAACACUUCGGGCUACUGGAUUAGAAAACCACAUCAGAGACGGCCGGGAAGAGAAAGAGAGAGGGGUUCAAAACUCAUAUCGGACUCUCACCUGAGGAAAAACCUUGAAGACCCUUGAAGAGAGAACAAAGACAAUUACACCAUUUUAAGGUGAAAAACUAGAGGUACACCUACACUCUCAGCCGGCUGCUUCACCAAUUUGAAUUUUUACCUUUCACAAAGGAAAAAGAAACUGCUGAAGGUGCCAGACCAGAGUGCAAUCUCAGUGUACGUCUGGUGGCUGGCCGCUGGAUUUACAGUGCGACUGCGCCACAACCUGCGACAGACCAGCCAACCUGAGCAGAGAACCCUAAUUGGUUGUUCUUUUACCUUCACAGCACUCACUCUGCCGUUGGAUACCAUCCAGCUCUGGGAUAGACUUUGUCAGCUGAGUCGAGGACAAGCGGGUCCACAGGACUGAAAAGGGAUUCAUAGAGAGACCUGGGGAGCAAAACCAGAGAAGGAGAGAAAUCCCAACACCUGCUUUUUUUUUUUUUUUCCAUGCAGCUGAAAAGAGGGAGAGCCAGAGAGACAUAGGUGUAUCUGGAAGUGUUUUUUUUUUCACCCUCUGGUGAACGCACUACCACCAAGCGGCUGCUAAUUUCUAACACAAUAAAUAAAACAUAAGCCCCGUGUGAGGCAAUAAGAGAACGUCGUGAAGGAUCUUCGUGAUUUGCACUUGGUGUUUGUACCAAAACAAGGCGUCCUCACACAGCAGACCCCCCCCCCCCGUCUAGAAUCUACCUGGCUUGGACUCCGACUUUCCAUUCAUCCGAUGAUGGCUUGGCUUCUGCUGCGGACACUGGGGCUUGUGGCCUUGGUCAUCUGUCUUGCUGCCACACUAGCACCAAGAGAAGUCUCUGGCCUUUCUGUGGACAGCCAAGGAACUGCUGAGACUGAGAUUGUGAGGAAGGAAUCCCACCCUGUCCUGUUCAGGCAGAAGCGAGACUGGAUCUGGAACUCUCUCUAUGUGGAGGAGGAGAAGCCGGCACCCAGACCUUACAAGAUAGGACAGCUGAAGUCCAACAAGAAAGUGGAGUUGAAGAGCUUUAAAAUCGAAGGCGAGGGAGCGAACUCCAUCUUCACUGUGGAUCAAAAAGGAGACUUGUUCGUCACCAAGUCUCUGGACAGAGAGGAGAAGAGCACGUACCGUCUGAUUGCCAGGAUGUAUGAUAGCAAUAACAAGCUAGUAGAGGACGCCGGAGACUUUGUCGUCCAGGUGACAGAUAUCAAUGACAACAGCCCCGUCUUCACCAAACAAUACAACGGAUCCAUCAUGGAGAGGUCCAGGAUGGGAACUAAAGUGGUUGAGGUGAGUGCUACUGAUGCUGAUGACCCCACCACGGCUAACGGAGAGCUCAGGUACACUUUGAGACCAGAUGGAGACCGCACUGCCUUUGAAAUCGACAGCAUCACAGGUGUGAUCAGCUCCAGGACAGACUCUCUGGACCGUGAGACCAGGAGACAGUAUGUGGUGGUGGUUCAGGCUCAGGACACCAGAGGAAUGGCCUCCGGCAGCACAGCCACCACCUCUGUCACCAUCAUCAUCACUGACGCCAAUGACAACCUGGCCUCUUUCACUAAAAAGACGUAUGAACUGCAGGUCCCAGAAGACCACAAGCUGAAUGAGAAGAUAGGCAGUCUGGAGCUGGAGGACAGAGAUGAGAUCCAGAACAAAGACCCCAGCUUCACCAUCGCCUCGCCGUUUAACAACAUGUUUGAUGUGGAGCGCAGUCCCACCAAGGACGGCAACCUGAUGCUCAAACAACCCUUGGACUAUGAGACAAGGAGCAGCUACAGUUUCACCGUCCACGUGCACGAGAAGCUGCAGUUUCUCGCUGACAACGCGGACACUGCUCUCACCAAAGCUCAGGUAAACAUCAGGGUGAUUGAUGUGGACGAGCCCCCGGUCUUCUCCAAGCCCAUCUACAGUUUCAAUGUGAUGGAGGAAAUGAUGGUAAACAACAUAGGCAUGGUCACAGCCAAAGAUCCUGACAGAGCCAACAAGAGCAUACGGUAUUCCAUCGAGGACAAGGACUGUCCUAUUGCUAUCAACCCAGUCACUGGCCAGCUGUCCACUCUCAGGAAGCUGGACAGAGAGCUGGAGGCGACAUACAUGUUUCAAGUCAAGGCACAGGAGGAGCCAAGCGGUUUGCAGGCGUAUGUCAAAGUUAAAAUUGUACUUCAGGACAUAAAUGACAAUAAGCCAGAGCUGGCUGCGGAUGAGAUCUACGUCUGUGAGAACGACAUGGCUGGAACGGUGAUCGGCACGGUGAGUGCCACGGAUAAAGACGACCAGCUGCCUUUCUUCAGCUUCUACCUGACCAAACAGAACGCCAACUUCUCACUCAUAGAUAACAGGAACAACACGGCAGAUAUCAGGGUGAAACAAGGAGCAUUCAGCCUCGAUGACCCCCGAGAUUACACCCUGGAUGUGGGCAUCAAUGAUGGAGGACGACCCCCCUUGAUCAACCGAGCCACCCUGCACAUCAAGGUGUGCCGGUGCGAUGCCAGGCGUGUUCACACUCAGUGCAAAGCAGCCGCUCGGAGGAUGGGCGUCAGCGUUCACGCCCUGAUAGCCAUACUGCUGUGUAUACUGACGAUCCUGGUCAUAGUGAUCCUGAUAGUGAUGAGGAAGCGCUACCAGAAGGAGUCUCUGGCCAGUAUGAAGAACAGCGGGGAGAUCCAUGAGCAGCUGGUCACAUAUGAUGAGGAGGGUGGAGGAGAGAUGGACACCAAUGGCUAUGACGUCUCCAUCCUCACCUCGGCUCGCCAUGACGGCUCCAUGCUUCGCCACCCAGAGCACCACCCCCACCCAUCUCUGUACGCUAUGGUCCAGAAACCCCACCACCACGCUCAACCCACCGCAUGUAAGGGCGACAUGGCCGUGAUGAUCGAGGUGAAGAAAGACGAGGCGGAUCACGACAGAGACGGCUUUCCGUACGAUACUCUCCACAUCUAUGGCUACGAGGGCCCCGAGUCUUUAGCUGGGAGUCUCAGUUCUCUAGAAAGUUCCUCUACUGGAUCAAACUUGGAUUACGACUUCCUGAACGACUGGGGUCCAAGGUUCAGGACCCUGGCCGAGCUCUAUGGAGUGGAUGGCUCAGACCGCUACGGUCCGUAUUGAUGGCGAUCAUCCGCAGAUAAGCAUAUGUGAUGCCAAAACACACACAUUCACACACAUUGUACAUUAAUGGUCAAAAACAGCCAUAAAAAUACAUGUACACAUUGCCAACAAGCAUGCAGCAGGUCCUAUUAAACACACAAACACACACACACACACACACACACACACACAUAGAGAUGACACUGGUUUUGAUUCUUCCACAUUUGUUUUUGGAAGAGGAGCUUAGAUCUAGCAGAAGACAUGGUCUCCAAAGACUUCUCUAGCUUCUGAAAGGAGAAUCAGGAUGCUCUUGUUUCCAGUGUAACACCAACUGACUUUUGUUAUCCGUCGUAGUUCAGUGAGUUUGUCUAGCCUCCCCAGUCUGUUCAGUCUAAAAAAGAUAUUUAACAAAUUCCGGGAAGCCCUGCCAAGUGAAAUCAAGGAGUUUUUGUUGGAUCUCAGUCUCUUUUUUUUUGAUGAAAUCUCACCCUUUGCUUCCUCCAUGCCAAUGCUGAGAAGACUUCAAAGAUGUUUGAAUUAACACGGGGAUGUGACUCCACAGCAGGAAGUGGAGACUGACUGCUCCACAGAUGUGCGCAGAUCGGCACAAUGCCAGCGCAUUUGUCCAAUCACAGUGCAUCUGUUUUCACAGUGACAUCAUCCCCCCUGUUUUCUACCUGUGAAGAUCCUUUAGACAAUACUCGCCACCAGAUGCUGUCAGCUUUAGUUCCACUUGAACUAUGGCAUCACAAUCAGAGGCACUUCCUGCUUCCUAAUGUUCAUCUUCGCCUAAUCAGAUGACAAUUCACUCAAGCGACAGCCAAUCAGAGUUUGUUUUGAAUGACGAGUGACCUAAUCGUGUUGGCCAAUGAAUUACUGAAUUAUGAUUCAUGAUGUCCUCUUGUAUUUAAUCCAUUUCUCAUCUCAUAUCUAGAGCUUCCAAUUUACAUUCUCUUUUUGUCAGCAAUGAGUAUGUUUACAUGCACAGAGCAUUUAAAUUCUUUCUGUGCAUCCUCAUAUCCCAAUCAUGAAUAUCCCUUGAUACAUGAAUAAACUAAAUAUUCUACAAGAGUAUUAAACAAGGACAUAGAAUUUAAAUAUACCACACAAAUAUCCAAGAUGUUAUCGUUAUGUUUCUUAUCACCUGGGUAUCAGCUAAUCUGGGUUCUUGUGGAUGGGAUGUGGCAUUUACAAACAGCAACUCAGAAACAUAAUAUUUAGGUACAUUGCCUAAUAUAGAUGGAAGUUUAAGUCGUUUUUAUUUUAGUCCAACUGGGACUCAAAAUGGUGCAAGUAAAAGCAACCUAUUAUUGCUUUUUUUUUUUUUUUUUUUUUUUUGUCACAGUCUGUGUUUUUUGUGAUCUUUUGUCUUACCCGUCCCUGUGGUAUUGACAGCCUGUAAUCUCUUCUAAGUUUGAUAUAUUUUUUAUACUCUACAAAAGGGCCAAAAA